CCGAUUCCUUGCGGCACUGCCGCCCCCCUUCUCUCUUCCCCGCUCGCUCUGCGCUCCACCUUGCGCCACCGCAACGCCGCCGCGCAGCUCACAGCUUGCUUCCUCGGCUCCGCUCGCAGCACGCACCCCGCGCAUAGUAGACCACCGUCCGUCUCCUUCCGCUCGACCCGCAGAGCAGCCGCCGCCAGGUCUACCCCAAUCUCGCCCGCGAGCCACCACCACGCCGCACCUCCGUUUGCCUUGGCCCACCUGCUCGCCAAUUCCCGCUGCAGGCCCACGCCCACGCUCACCGACAGCGCAGCAGCACGCACCCAGAGCCGCCGCUCGCCCACCCUGCCCCAGCUCGCAGCACGCGCAAGCCCCUGGCCAACCUCCCCCGCGCGCAAGCCCCUAGCCCAGCUUGGCCUUGCUCCCGCUCGCGCAAGCUAGCGCCGCACGCGCUCCGCUCGCUACUGCCAAUCAGCUCCGCUUGAUUCUGCUCCGUACUCGCCCGGCAGUGCCGCCAAGUCGAGCCCGGCAGUGCCGGCCGCAUCACCGAGCCCGGCGGUGUACACAAUUUUGACUCCAGUUUCGUUCAGGUUUGGUCUAACUUUUUCUCCAAAUCUUGACAACUUUUUAGCGUCCGUUUGACUCCAAAUUUUAACAAAUCCUCUAAAUACUCCACAUAGUCCACCUCUAAUUUUUGAUAAUUUUUUGAACCCAAAUUUUGACCGCUCGUUUUCACCCAACUUUUCGGGUAUUGACUCAAUUUGUUCGGUUUCCGAUUUGGAGUGCAUCGGUUAUUUAUUCUGCUUCCGCGCCUACAUCAACACCGCGACGACACCGUUGGCACCUCGGAUUCCGGUGCAACUUCGCCACCAUCAUCGACACCACUUCGAUCAUCGCAAGUUCGUGUACACCGCCUAACAUCAAUAGGUAUAACUUGCCUCCCCUUGUAUCCAACCUUUCUUCCUUUGCAUACAUAUCCCAUUGAUAGUGGCUUUCCGAGUGUUGCGAAGCAUUGCACAAGUGUCACGACCGUGAGAGGGUGUGUGUGUGCGUUGUGUUGAGCAAAGCUCCGAAGCAAGCUCGGUGAGAAAGAUACACAAAAGAAGAAAAGUGUGACAUAUAUAUAGAGAAACAUAAAGCUUCUAAGCAUAGGAAAAAAAGUGAAAAAAAGAGGAAAAAGAAAAGAAAUACAAAAAGAGUGUGUGUCCACCGAUACAAUGGAGUGCAAAGCUUGUGAGCACUAAGAGAGAAAAGAGAAGAGUGACAUCUUGUGCAAAUCUUGUUGCUUCUCUCAUAUGCAACCAAGCUACGGUCUCUCUUGUGUUGACGCGACACCGAGCUAAUAGUCUUCGCUAGGAUCAUCUUGUUACUUGCUCACUUCCUUGGUCGCGCUAACCCCAUUAUUCUUCCUUGUGUGUGUUUCCGUGUUUCCUUGACAUAGAUCAUCGCUUUUGACAUUUGACUUUGGAUCUUAUCCACAUUUGACAAUAGACAUUUUCUUUGGUUCUUUUCGUUCUUAGCCUUUUGCGUGUGCUUUGAGUGUGUGUGUAGUUAACCCCGAUACAAUUUGACUUGGCUCUUGGCUUGAACCAUUGUUCCGAUACUAGCUUCGAAAGGUGAGAUACUUGUGUAGUCAUCCUUCCACCAUAUAUACACCUUGCCUUGUGACUAACAUGUAUAGUGAGGAUGAGCCUACGGAGGACGACAUGGAGUACUAUGAGGGUGAUAGCUCCGCAAGCACCGCGGAUAUGGAGGACCAUGUGGAGCUUGACACCGACUAUGGCUCCGCAAGCAUCGUUGACAUGACCGACAUCGAGCAUCUCUACACCGACCAUGGCUCGUCAAGCAUGGACAACAUGGUGGACCACCACUCCGAGCUCGACUACAACAUCGACGACAUGGCGGAGCACAACCUCGACUACGACUACGACUACGACGACAUGGUGGAGCACUACCUCGACUACGACUACGACACCAUGAUGGAGCACCGCACCGAGCACUACCUCGACCACGACAUCGACACCAUGGUGGAACCUAGCUUCGACCCCACCUUGAACAAGACCGGUGCCUACAAGUUCCCCAUCUUGGCCAAUGGGACUACAUAUGAAGAUAGAGGACCUUCAAGACGGCGCAACCAUGCGAGUGCUUAUUCACAUGAUCAUCUACAUCGAGCUCAUCCUAUGGAACACCAAGAGCGCCACCACCAUGAUCGCCAUCGACACUCUCCUCCGAGCUCAAGAAGGCGCCACAAUCAAAGUGCCAAGCUACAUGAACCAUCAUCUAGGCAUGCCGAGGAUCGUCAUCGACACACACCACCUCAUGAUGUUCGUCGACAAUCACCACCUCAUGACCACCAUCGACAUGCAUCACCACAUGACCGUCGUCGACGCAAGUCACCUCAUGUUCGCCAUCGACCAACACCUCCCAAGGAUCUUCGACGACAUCCCUCAAGACAUGGUGAUGAUACAAGAAGACGAGAUCCUUGACAUGAAGCGGCCAAGGCUACAAUGGUCAACAACACCAACCAUAUGGUGUCUACAAAGCCUAGCGCCACCACCACAAUGGCAUCUCCUAGACCGCCUAAACAUGAGAAGAUCUCCAAUGGCGCUACACCAACAAGAAGAUGGUGCCAAGUGCAAUUAAAGAGGAACCACAUCUCAUGGUGCUUCCCCCUCCUACCGCCACCACCACAAUGGCACCUACAAGAAGCUCAAGCCCCAAUGAUGUAGCCCCGCUCACCGACGACGUUACACCAAGACCAACAAGUCCCCCAAGUGGACCAAUGACGCGAGCCCGAGUCAAAGCGCUACAUGAUAAGGUGAACUCACUCCUCACUACCCUUGAUCUUGAUACCCCAUUGGACGGACUGCUACCUCAGGCCGAUAUGCUUUGUGUUAUCAGGUAUGAACCUCGAGAGAAGGACGUCGCAGCAGACCCGAAGAUGGACAAGGAAGGAGGAGGAGAAGAGUGGCCGCCGAAGGA